UUUGGACUUGGAGCUGACAAACGAACAUAGUCAUUGUAUUGCUCUCUACGUGUGUAGACUAGUCCCGUUGUUCCCGAUCCGAGUGCCGAUACUAGUGUCGCCUAAUCGAGCUUACAUUAUUUGGUGUGAAAAACUGUGGGAAGUGAAAUACUAGUAUCAGUUUGUCGGACCUAUCUGACCCCUUUCUACAUUGACUAUGGCCAGCACAGAAGCAGCUAUUCUGGCGAUUGAUCAAGGCACAUCCAGCAGCAGAACUCUGGUGUUUGAUGCGAGGACAGGAGAAUGUUUAGCUAGUGCACAACGUGUUGUGAACAAGUAUGAACCAUGUGCUGGAUGGGUGGAACAGGAUGCCAUGGAACUCUUUUCCACUGUUGAGGAGUGUCUGUCAGAAAUCCUCCCCAAGCUUUCAGUUUCUUCGAUAAAAGCUGUUGGUAUCACCAAUCAGCGAGAGACAACAGUGUUAUGGGAUAAGUCAACUGGGCAACCGCUGUACAAUGCUAUAGUUUGGCAAGACCAACGCACUGCAGACAUCGUAAAGAAGAUGAAGCCCAACCUUCCAGCUGAUUUUAGUGAUGUGUGUGGCUUACCACUGGAUACCUACUUCAGUGCAACCAAGUUGAGGUGGCUGCUGGAUAACUGCAAAGCUGAAGAACUGGCACAGUGCAUCAAUAACGGCAACUGUAUGUUCGGUACAGUGGACACCUGGCUUAUUUGGAAGCUGACUGGUGGUGUGGAUGGUGGUAGACAUGUGACAGACGUAACCAACGCCAGUCGCACCAUGCUGAUGGAUAUUAACACGUGCCAGUGGAGUGAGCGCCUCAAACAACUGUUUGGCAUCCCGGAUGGUGUUCAGUUUCCAACUAUUUGCAGCUCAUCUCAGAUCUAUGGAACCAUACAUUCUUCUGUGGCCGGCGGUCGGUAUGAAGGACUGCCUGUGGCUGGGUGUCUUGGAGACCAGCAAGCUGCUCUUGUUGGCCAUGGCUGCUUGACAGCUGGUUCGGCGAAAAGCACGUAUGGAACCGGUUGUUUUAUGCUGUACAACACCGGCACCAAGGUAGCGAGAUCUCAGCAUGGCUUGUUGACUACAGUUGCAUACAAGUUUGGAGAUCAGGACACCCACUAUGCUUUGGAAGGAGCUGUGGCUGUUGCAGGUGACAUUGUCAAGUGGCUGCGUGAUCGCAUGGGAAUGUUUGAGAAGGCAUCUGAUUCAGAAAAGCUUGCUGAAGCUGCAGAGAAGGAGAAAGACUUUGAAGUGAUGUUUGUCCCUGCUUUCUCUGGGCUCAAGGCACCUUAUUGGGAGGCUGAUGCACGUGGAAUUAUUCUCGGCUUGACCUACAACACAUCGCGUGAGCACAUCUGUAGAGCUGCACUGGAAUCAACGUGUUUUCAGACCAAAGAGGUGCUAGAGGAGAUGAUGAAGGAAUCGACAUCAACGGAGACUAUGAGAAUGCUACGUGUCGAUGGUGGUAUGACUGCUAAUCGCUACUUCUUGCAGAAGCUUGCUGAUAUCCUUCACGUUGACAUUGCCUGCCCUCGCAUGGCUGAGAUUACAGCACUGGGUGCCGCGUAUGCAGCAGGCUUGGCUGUUGGUGUGACACUGGCACUGGAUUCUGGCAUCGAUGUACUAUCCUCAAAGGAAACACCCGCCGGAGAAGCUGCAUACUACAGGCGGUGGAAGGAAGCUGUGAAGCGCUGCAAGGACUGGCAUGGAGAUUCAUUUGACACAGCCAGCAGCUCCUAGGUUCCUGCUUUCCUGCAGUACGUGUGGUGGCAAUGCAGCAGCUGCUACAUGCCUGCCCGGACGCCAUCCUUACAUGACCUAACUUACUAGCAGGGUUCUAGCCAAAGGAGGGUAGGUGGGUGGGGGCCCUGGGGAGGAGGGGCACAGCCCUGUACCAGUGCUAGACUUCUUUCUUAUUCUUGUCUUUCACUAAAAUCUAGUACUAGUAGGCUUUCAUGUUUUAAUAGGCUUUCAUGGUUGAUGCACACAUUUUUGAGAGAUAUCAACAAACAAAACAUAUUUUCAAGAUUUACAAUCCACCUAUCGUUUUUGAGUUGGGCGACAAACAAAUUUCAUAUGCUUAGAACAGCCUUCAUGAAAUUAGUAUCUGCACUCUAUAGUAGGCAAAGUUUUAUUGUUUUCUUUCACAUGAUUUUUAACUAUGAAAGUAUUUUUGAAUUAAUGAAAAAAGAGUGGGUUGUGCUGACUGAGGACUAUUGCGUUUCUUAGAAGAAAGAUCACCAGAGACUGCUGCUGUUUUAUACAUGCAUGAUUGUAAUAAUAAAACAAUGAUGAUGGAGAGUGGAAUGUUUA